GUAACCGUCAAUCGUAGCGUAACGUAAACGGAGGAUUAUUAUAUUGUGGCUAAUUUAAGAAAAUUUUAUAAAAUCAUUUAUGUUCCACAAGUGAUUAACGUCAGCAAAAUACAUAACUUUCAGCAGUGCCUAUUAAAAUUGGUUAACAGAUGAUGAGUUAUACCUAAAUUUUUAAUUGCCUUGAUAUUCAUAGCUUACCUGAUACAAAAAAUAUCUGCUUUAAAAGUUCAUCAAAUCUGUGUACACUAAAAAAUGGCACAAUUUAAUUACCUCAAUGAGCUGAAUAGUUUGGCUACUAUUGACGGGCCCCUAACGCGUGGGCCAUUACAACGAUGGGCAAAGAAAACAAACAAUGAAAAUAUGAAUCCCGGUUUAAGUUCUUCCGUCCAAAACGCGUCAAAUAUUAAUGUAAGUUCUUGUAAUCAGUCCAUGCAAAAGUUGUCUAUUUCUGUAAACCAGAGCUGUAACAACAGUGUAUUGUCAAGCAACAAGACACCAACAAGAACUGAUCGAAAAAGUAAGAAAACACCAUCGAAGAAUAAGUCACCAGGCAGGUCCACCACACCAACUCCGAGUAAAGCUUCUAAGACACCGAACAAAGGGGACAGGUUCAUACCAUCACGAAGCAAUUCAAAUUAUGAUUUAUGUCACUAUAUGAUGAGCCGAGAUGAUGAUAAAAAUGAAGAAUUUGCACAAACAGCAGUUGGUGAAGCUCUUGGGCGAGCUUUAACUGACACAGAGCCAGGACGACUAUUGCAAUACACUUGUAAGGCUCCCGCAGCUCCAGAGGGCUACCAAAAUAGACUCAGAGUGGUUUAUUCUCAGGCUAAGGUUCCAUCCACUAUAAAAAAUACUACAAGAUAUAUACCACAGAGUCCUGACAGAAUUUUGGAUGCUCCUGAUAUUUUAGAUGACUAUUACCUUAACCUAGUUGACUGGAGUUCAUCGAACAUCCUAGCAGUAGCCCUUAGAAAUUCAGUUUACUUGUGGAAUGCUGGCACGGGCCAAAUAGAACUGCUCUUGACAUUAGAGGGUUCCGAGUUGGUCACCUCUGUAGCUUGGCUGCAAGGUGAUGGUGCUCAUCUAGCUGUUGGUACCACAGAUGCUUCUGUACAGCUUUGGGACUGUGAAACUAUGAAGAGACUGCGGAAAAUGGGUGGACACACUGCUCGAGUUGGUGCAUUGGCAUGGAAUCUCUACGUAGUGUCCAGCGGCAGCCGGGACGGUAACAUAAUACACCAUGACGUGAGGCAGCGAGAACACGCCGUCACUACAAUUAACGCACACACGCAAGAGGUCUGUGGGUUGAAAUGGUCGCCCGAUGGCAAGUAUCUUGCAUCAGGAGGUAAUGAUAACCUGCUGAAUAUCUGGCCGAUUGCUCAGGGACAACGGUAUUCGCAAACUCAGUACUUAUAUUCUUUCAAUCAGCAUUUAGCUGCAGUGAAAGGAUUGGCCUGGUGUCCUUGGAGUUCAGGUAUUCUGGCUUCCGGGGGAGGAACAGCUGACAGGACCAUACGGAUAUGGAACGUAAAUACUGGAGUCAACCUGAACACUGUUGACACUAAGUCACAGGUGUGUUCAAUAUUAUGGAGCACCCAUUACAAAGAACUGAUAUCUGGCCACGGUUAUGUCAACAACCAGUUGAUCAUAUGGAAGUACCCGGUGAUGAGCCGUGUGGCUGAGCUUAAUGGACACAUGGCAAGAGUGCUACACAUGGCACUGUCCCCCGAUGGUAGCUCGGUGCUGUCUGCUGGUGCUGACGAGACCCUCCGGUUAUGGAAAUGCUUCAUGUUGGAUCCCAUAAAGAAAAAGGACGUAACAGAGGCAAAAGCAGCUAAAUCACUACUGAAUAUGAAUUCACUAUUUAGAUAGUAAAUUGAUAAAUAAUUAUAUUGUGAUCUAAUUAAUUAUGUGACUGAUUAAUUUUAUUUGUUUAUUUGUAUACGGUAUUGUGAUGUUCAAAUACUCCUUCAUUCUGAAAUGUGACAGUAUGAUUGUAUACAGUUUGUGAUUAUUUGUUUUUUUACUGUCUAAUUGUGUUUAGUUGUAGUUGCAUGAAUUAUUAACCCUGAACCUCUAAUGAUAAAAGAUUACUUUCACUGAAAUAUCUUUUAGUAUAAAUUAUAAUCUGCUUGUAGGACCCAGUACCAGACUUGUAGUUCCAUACAUUAUUAAUAAAUAUACAAUUUUACGAUACUGACACCUGUAAAACAACUUCCCGUAAUAACUUUUCUUACGAAUCUAUCAUAUUACAAAUACUGUAUAAAUUUUAAUAUCGCUAUUCUGCAAGUUUUUAUUCACUCCCAACAAUGUUGAGACUGCUAUUAAAAUUCUUCAAAGUACCAGUCCGUCCCAAUUGUACAUGUUAUAACUACUAUUGCUUAAAUACUAAAACAAAACGAAAAUCUGAAGGGUUCAAGGUUAGCAUUACAUAUUUUUAGGACUUAAAUAUGCUGACGCUACACCAUGGCGUUGGAGUCAAUAUAACCAUGAUGACCUCAUUUGUCAUUAUUUAUGUUUUACAAAUAACAAUUGAAUAUUAGAACAAUUAUGUAAUAAAUGUGUUUUGAAAUUGUAUUUUCUUUUACCCAGUAUUACACAUCUAAAUAAAAUACUUUGUAAACGCGUUUGAUUGUGUCUGAAUUGCGGAAAUUUACGUUACACGGACGAUUCGCGAAUACGAGAUAUACAACUGUUGCCUGCAUGGUAACGCGCGACGCGAACUUAACGGUAAAAAAGUAUUUAAUUUAAAUGUGUUUUGAAAUGUUUUUAUUUUCUAAAAGACAAAGGCCAGUUGAAGUCUUCAAAAUGUAUUGAAGGUUCUGUUUGUUGCGUGAAUAUUUGUGACUUCCUGUCGUCAUCACUAGAAACAUUUCAAGACAGCUCCGUCUUUUUUGUACUUUUUGACACCUUUGGUAGAUCUUUGAAAAUUUAUGAAUUUUUAUGGUUGAAUAAAUAUAACAACGCAUAAA